AUUGGAAGACGCACCCCUGUUUACCUCAACUCAAUCUACCACCAUCUUCACCACUGAACAAAGCCAAAUUCUAAGUGCUACUACUAUGGUCGCCUCGAAAACAAAAAAGACGUCCAAGUACACGUAUGCGGAACGGGUUCUCAGUGCAUUUUCACAGGCACAGAAAGAGCACAGGAGGCACAGUGUACACCUCGCUACCCUUCGUGCGCAUGUGAGAAAGAUCGCGAAAGAUAGGAAAGAUAAACUUGGACCUCAGUGGGCAUCAUGGGUAGGAAAGGCUGUGAAGAAGCUUGAAGGGCAGGGAGUUUUGCAGCCUAUCGACUCCAGUGGAUACGUUGGCAUGACUCCGGAGGGGAAAAAAGUCCUCUCAUAUGCUCGUCGCAAGUUCCUUCCGACUGCCGCUGGGGACGCAUCGCCUGCGCAAGAGGAUGCUGUCUGGAAAAAUGUCACCGAACACUUCUCCCCGUCAGUGUAUAAACGGCAGCAUGCGAGAUCUGCAUCUCGUUUGAGGUCAGUUUUCGGUGGGGAGGAAGAAGCUGAGGAAGAUAGCGCUUCUGCACGCGGAAGUCCUAGGGCAAAGAGACAGCGACGAGCACGGUCCCCUGUCAAGCCCCCCGAGCGGUCCUUGGCAAAGAUGACCAAGGCAGAGCUCCAAACUAAGGUCCGAGAGCUCCAACGGGCGAAUAUCACGGAUAAGCAUCUGAAGGCACAACUUGCGGACCGCGAUGAACAGCUAUGUGAAGUCCAAGAUGAACUCAGGAUGUUGAAGUUAUCCGUUGAAAGGGCGCGCGCAGUCAUGCGCGAAGAAGAACUGACAGAAUUGGAUGAACAGGAAUUUCAGCACAAUAUGGAUGAAGAACUUCCAGCGCCAGAUUUCGCAACAUUUGAUGUCCAGACCCCGCGCGCUGAAACGCCGCAAGGUGCGGGCGUGAUACGCACCCAAUCGGGCUCUAUCAUUCACGACAUCUCUAUGCGGCCUACCCCUGCACCAAGCUCUCCUGGUGACGAACACGACCAGAGGUACCGAGACGAUGAAGACGUGUUUUCGGACCAUCAGCGCGAACAUCUUCGUACCCCUGAAUCUCUGCCAGACCGCAGGGCCUCGCAGACUGAUGAACAACAAAGGCCUACUUUGGUGAACACGAUUGAUGAUAUGGAGAAGGAAAUCGCGAAGCACAUGACAGAGAUCCAGACUCUCAAAGGCACGGUUACCCGCCUUCAGAGCGAGCUUGACACCCUGACAGGCACAGCUGAAGACCACAAGUCACGCAUAGCCGACCUUGAGAGCGAAACAAACGAACUUGAAUCUGGGAAGCGCGACCUGCAGCAAUGCCUUGUUGAUCGCGAUCACAAUAUCACUCAACUCCAAAAUAAAAUUCUCGAGCACGAGAGAGUUGCCGUCCAGCUCAAUGAGACGCUCACUCAGAAGGAAGCCUCACUAAAAGCAAUUUCCAUGGAGGCUGAGACGCUUUUGCGCAGCAAGAAUGAGGUUCUUACUAGGGUGCGGGGAAUGGAGGAUGAACUGACUGCUGCACGAAGCGAGAAUAGGCGCUUGACAGAUGAACUGGCUAGUUCUCACAGAGAAGAAGAAACCCUUCGAGAGCGGAUGGUAGAACUCAUACGAACCACAGAGGAAAGACAAGGAGAGCUUGCCCAAGCCUUGAGGGUUACGGAGAACGAAGCCAGAAAUGACGCUAUGCUCGCCCAGGAACUUCUCAUGAUGACCGAGGUUGCCAAACAGCUCGAAAAACAGCUCUCUGAGGCUAACAACACCGUCACGACCCUCGAUGCUAAACUUGCGGAAGUCCUUGAAUGCAAUAGUCAGCUUCAGUUUGCUCUAGAAGGGUCCAGGAAGGAGAUUGAGGAGUUGAAGAGCAGGAUAACGUCUUCCGAGAUGAGGGAGGCAGGAUUGUCGUCAAAAUUGUUCACCGCUGAUUCGACGAGGCAGUCAUUGGAGGAUGCCGCUGCAGCUAUGAAAAAUGCUUCACGAGUUGAACGAGUGAAGGCACAGUCCACGAUUCUUGGGCUCCUCGAGAAAAUUGAUGGACUGCAAAUUCUGCGCGAUGACGAAGUGCGGGGUUUUGCCGACAAAAUUGCAGCUCUCGAAGGUGAGAUGGGGGAUCUUAGAUUGAACCUUCACAGUACGAGCGAGGCUCGGCAGACCGCCCUCGCUGCUUUGAAGAAGUCCGACGGUGACUUGGCGCACUCGGAGAAUUUGCUCGCCGCAGAACAGAGCACUUGUAAUGGCCUUCGGGAUAGUCUGACUCAAGCGCAAGACCAAAUAUCUAUAUUGAAGGCAGCAAAAACAGCUUGCGAGUCGACAAUUGUCAAUCUUAAGGCUAUUUAUGAUCAGGGGAAGCGGAUGCAGAUAGACUGGAUGUCUGGGAUGGAGAGCACGUUUUCUUCUGCCUAGCCGGAUUCAUUUGCACAUGCGUAGCGAUGAAUUUGCCUAAGCUACUGAUGCAGAGUCGACAAACUGUCCCGAUGUUGGGGGCGAUGUAGGUUUCAUGGACUUGGACAUUUAGGGUGGAUAUACUUAACGUUAACGAUAUUUGUCUUGAUUUUGAGAAAGAUAUAGUUUGUGUCAAGUAGCCACAAUCGAGCGUUAGCAUAUCUGCUUUGAAUUUGAUGUUUUGAUGAAUCGAA